AUGACGCGCGGGUUGCCCGCCCGCGCAGGCGUCGCCGCUGCGCAACAGACUGUCACCCACACUCCCCCGCGGCAGCGGCAAGCAGCUCGCGCUGCAGCGCAGUUGCGGCCGGGAACUGUCGCUCCACGGCAGUCGACACCUCCAGAGCGGCCCCAGUCAGCCGCCCCUGUGACGGAGGCCGCCUCAGCGGCCCCCGCCGCCUCCACUGCAUCAGACGCACGGACCAGCAGGUCAUCCCUGAGCAGCAGUUCGGAUUUGGUCCGCGGCAGGUUCCAGCCGCGCCUUCCGACUUCGCUGCCGCCCCCAGGGCAGCAGCAGCCGUCGCCGCUACCACGCCGACAGCCCGUCCCGUUGAUGCCUCCCGCGCAGCUUCAUCCGGGAGCGCCCCAGGUGGUCGCUCCGGCGCCUGUGGUCCCUCUUCAGUCGCCACCGCCUUCGGAGCUGAUGGACGUCGACCCAUCAGCCGGGCCGCCUUCCCAAGCGGUGGCUGUGCACUCUGUCCUGCAGCCGCUUUCCUUGGGCACCCCCAAGGAGUCUGACACCGCAGCGCCUUGUCCGGCGCCCACUCAGCAGCCGUCGACGCAGCGUCAGGAGACGCUGCCUAUCUUCGUGGGUCCCGACGCCCCGUCGCGUCCAGUACCAGAAGCUGCGCCUGUGGUCACAGGCGUGCGCCCUGACCUCGGUUUUCAGUCGGUGUUUCCCGAGGCCCCGCGCAGCCAAUGCUGGGGUACGGACCGGGGACUGCCACCGACAACAGUCUCCGCCCCGAGGCACUUGUCACUGCUGCUGCCGCUGUCGCUGCUGCUGGUGCUGCCCGUACGCUCCUUGAUGCACACGAAAGUACAGUGA